GCAGCUGAACCAACACGAAGAGUUGGCCAACAGAGAGUCGGCCGGUUUUGAGUGAGUGUAAGAGAGAGAACUGUUUCACUGACGUGUCAUUCAACUCGAUCGAGAACCAGAAGUCGCCGCUAAGAGCCGCACAGGUGAGCGAAGCGUAGGGGCCUCUCUCCUCGUGGCUAUAGCAACUAAACAAUAUCUGUUGAGCGCAGCGGAAAAAGGCCAAGAGUCAGUUCGCGAAGAGGGCCGGCAGAAGAAAGGUCAAGUUCACACUAUAUUCUGGCACAAGAAGUCUCUUCUGCACAUACAAAACACGAAUACAAUGAUGAGGAUACUGGUGACACUGCUGCUGGCGGCGAUUCUGGGGCGGCAUGCUACGUGGGCAAUCUCGUGUGCCGGCUGCGUGGACUUGGACGAAAUCAACUUUCAGAAUACCGUCGAGCGCUUUCCGUAUGCCGUGGUCAAGUUUGACAUUGCGUUCCCGUACGGGGAGAAGCACGAGGCAUUCGCUGCCUUCUCCAAGGCAGCCCACAAGGUAACUGGAGAGCUGCUGGUGGCCACUGUCGGAAUCAAGGACUAUGGCGAACUGGAGAACAAGGCUCUGGGUGAGCGAUUCGAGAUCGACGACAAGAAGUUCCCGGCCAUACUACUCUUCAAGGGCAGCGUGGAGCAGUACAUUAGGUUCCCCAGCCACUUGGAUGUGACACUCGACAACCUGAAGGCCUUUGUCAGCAGCAACACCCCGCUGUAUAUCGGUCGCGAGGGUUGUCUGAAAGAGUUCAACGAUGCCAUCAAAAACUACGCAAACCUACCGGACGAUGCUCAGCUUAGCUUGAUUGAGGAGCUGGAUACCCAGCAGGAGAAGCUCUCCAAGCCGGAGGAGAAACUGAGUGGCAAAUAUUACGUGUUGUACAUGCGGAAGAUCAACGAGAAUGGAUACGAUUUCCUCGAAGAGGAGACUAAGCGACUGCUGCGCCUCAAAGCCGGCAAAGUGACUGCCGCCAAGAAGCUGGAGCUGCAGCAAAAGCUGAAUAUUCUGGAGGCCUUUCGCGUCCACAACCUAACCAAAGCAGCGCCCAAAAAGGAGUCAUCCAAGGAGGAUCUGUGAGCCGCCAGUACCCCCUGUACCUUCUGUAAAGACAUAACAACAUUUUAGUGAUCUUCAAGUACACUCAUUCUAUUGAAUCAGAUUUGUAUGUACAUUAGUUUAAACAUAUCUGCGUCUCUUAAGUGUUUUUAACUACAAUUACACUACGCAACACCAAAUUCAAAAUUUGAAAUAAAAAAUACCGCUAAAAAUUAA